ACCUCGCUCUCUUUGAAAAAACUCACUAAACCAUCUCAUCCAAUUCAAUAAAGGUAAUAACCAAAAUACACAUAACAUUUACAUUACAUUACAUAACACACACGCCACAAACCCAAACCCAAACCCAAACCUUCAUCUCUCUCAAACUCAAUUACUUAAUUACCCGCCAAAAACCCACCCCCUCUCAAUACUAUGUAUUAGCGCUUCCAAUUUUUCCAUCUCUUUUUUCAAAUCUCUUCCCUCCCUUUCUCUCUCCUCCUCCUCCUCAUCAUCUUCUCUCCCUCUCACUCUCUCUCUCUCUCUAGGGUUUCCCUCUUCGCCGUCGUUCGUCAACUCUGAUGGACGAGGGCAACGAGGAUCCCAAAACGGACGGUUCGCCGGUUCAGAACGGUGAAUUGGAUGAUGAGCGUUGCGGCAAGAAGGCCAAGGUGGAUGCUGCCUCCGACGGCGGUGAAUUGAAGAGAGUGGCGGAGAUUGUGUUGGUUUUGUCGACGAUGGCGACGGUGCGAGGUGGUAGGAAGCCCACCGAUGUGGAGGUUGAGCUCAUGAGGGAGGCUCGAACCAAGCUCGCCGAGCUCUGUCAGGGGCUCGCUCCGAAGGAUAUUGUGGCCAGGGAAGCUAUUGGGACCGUGAUUGAGGAUCUUGGCUUGAACGCCAAGAUUAAGGACCAGAGGUUAGGGUUUCGAACUCCCAAGAUGUCCGUUGCCGAGAGGUAUUCCCACGCUAAGUGGAAGAUGGAGGAAUCAAAGAAGUUUUCUACAUCUCAGCCCUUGCAAACAAGCAUUGGUGGAACAGUUGACAACCGUGUGCCAUCACAUGCUGUUCGAAUGAUUGCGCCUGAUAAAUCAAUCCACACAGCAAUCUCUUCCACAAGUACCAUAGUGUCUAUACCUGCCCAUGUUUCUGCAGGAUCUUCUGCAGCAUUGCAAUAUCAAUCGAUCAGCAAUGAAGUAAGACCACCUGUGGUUUCAGGUUUAAUGCCUAGCAGUCACUUGGGGAGAAAUUCAUCUCCCUUAGCAUUGCCUAAAGUUGAACACCCACAAUUCAAAGUUGAUGGAGGAUCAAAUGGGUCUUCUUAUGUCCUGCAAAUCCAAGUCAUUGAAUUGGCAAUUGAAUUUGAGAAUUUUUCAACUGUAGCAAAUUUGUCUGCAAACCAACCUUUGGUGAAUGCUCCAACAUGGCCAAUACAGGCUCAAUCUCCAUCUUUAGCUAGAAGUGCAUCAGAAAACAAGGUGCCUGGUCAUAACCCUAUCAAGGUUGAAGGAACAGCUGAUGUAACUAUGUCAAGGGCAGGGCCACAAAUAACAAAUGAUCAGAGCUUUAGACCGUAUAUUACUCAAACAGCACCUGGAAAUUUGUCUAGUAUGCACCAGCCAGUGCAGGGCAUGAACAUUGUUCAGCCUCCUUUUAUUCCUAGUCAUGCGGAUAUUGCAAAGAUUGUCCAGAAAUUGCUACAACCAAAGGUUCCUGACCAUCCCACAUGGAGUCCUCCGUCAAGGGAUUAUAUGAAUAAGGCUUUGACAUGCCAGAUGUGCGAGCUCUCUGUCAAUGAGAUUGAUACUGUACUUCUCUGUGAUGCUUGUGAAAAGGGUUUUCACUUGAAAUGCUUGCAGCCAUCGGUCUUACGAGGAAUUCAUAAUAGAGUUGAUUGGCACUGCAUGAGGUGCUUAAGUUUAAGCGGUGGAAAGCCUUUGCCUCCAAAGUAUGGUCGUGUCAUGAGAUCCUCAAACACACCACCGAAAUUGCCCUCUAAUACGGGUGGUAUGCAACCAUCUUCAGAGAAGAAAGCAGGGAGCGUAGAUCCGAAGGUCAGCCCACAGAAGUUAACAACAAAUGGGAGCCCUGUUCCAACUGUUUCCAGUGGAAAUGACAAUGUUGAGCCACCAUCUGACUCAAUGACCUCACCAGAUGGGAAAGACAUACAAGGUACCACCAUUUCAUCCAACAUUGAACAUGUUGAUGAAAAGCAUGAUCCAAACAUCUCUAUGAAAUCCCUUGGUGCAGCUUCCAGUCCUUCCACUUGCUUGCCAGGUGAAAGUUCUGCUGAACAAAUAAAUUCUGAGUCUUUGACCUGUAAGGAGACUUCAGAAACUGAGACUCUUCCUAAAUUAUCUGAGCCAGCUAAAUGUGAAAAUUUGCAAUCUUCACAAGAUUUUCAUGUUAAUCAGACAAUACCACAAGACAAUGCUGUAGUAUCAUCAGAUAAACAUGUUGACAUUAGUUUAAUGAAUCAUAAACAAAGGGAAUCUCAUGGAGGGGAAAAUUUAAUUUACGAUAUCAAGCGUGAUGAUCAAGAUGUUGCACUAGCAAAUUUUGUUGGAAGUUCUGGAACUGAUACUGAAGGUAGACAGCACUCUGCAUUAUCUUCAGACACCUCACAUGCUGUAGAAUGGAUUGGUGAUGUUAUACAACUUGUCGAAGAGAAAAAGUUUUACGGAUCUUGCUGUGUUGAUGGAGUAACAUAUAGGCUUCAUGGUCAUGCUCUUUUCCCCUCCAGCCAUGGCAAUUUAACACCUUUUAAAAUUCAGUCUAUGUGGGAAGAUUGCAAAACUGGGUUCAAGUGGGUUAAGGUGACAAAGUGCUACUUUCCUGGAGAUUUGCCAGGGAAUAUUGGUCAUCCAUGUAUAUCUGAAGUCAAUGAGGUUUAUGAAUCUAAUAGUGAUAGAACUGAAAUGGCUAGCUAUAUUAGAGGCCCAUGUGAAGUCCUCCCAUCUGAUAAAUUUAAACAAGAAAAUGACAGACGAUGUCAGCUAGGAAUUGAGGCAAGUGCUAAAGUACAGCCCAUUUUCCUUUGCAGGUGGUUUUAUGACGAAGUCAAAAAGUUAUUUCAACCUGUUACCAGUUGAUUCUGCCUUGAACAUACGUUUUUGUGGCUCCCCUACACAUUGCAUUUUUGUGGUAUUAGGGGUUCAAACAAGAUUUUUUUUAUGGGUAAUUGAGCAUACAUUAAGAUUCUCCAGAGACCCACCAUAAGGCACAUCGCAGCGGCGUUGCUUCCCCAUGCAAGAAUGUCUGUUCAAACUUUCGAACGUGAAUUGCAUUUGAUGUAAAAUAUGUAGCUGAAGCUAUGACUGCUUAGUAUAGUUUUUCCUAUAGUAGUUGUGUUCCUGAUAGAUAUUCAUUCUGUAUAAUUCUUUUUCGGGUACGUAGGCUCUUUAGGCCCGCUAAUAACAUUAUUAUCUUUGAAAUUAGAUUAUCAGUGCAGUCCACUUAGUUUGCUGGAAUUGUAUGAUAUUUCAUUUGUACAAAAGCCAUUUCUUCUAGAAAGCAUAA